AUGUCGGUCACCGAACAGUCAGCAAGGAUACCGAAGACUGCGUCGUCUGUCCACGACGUAACCGCCGAAAAGCCGCCCUUCGGCUCCAGAUUUCUCACAGACGAAGCGGAAGUGUGGAGCCAGAAUGCAUGGGAUCACGUCCCACCACCAGAUGACCAGGACGAAAUCAUCUCGACGGCUCUCGCGCGACAAAAGAAUGCUCCUGUCCCCGAAGACGAAAAGGCGAAAUAUAAUGUAAAACCCUCUAGACAUUGGGACAACUUCUACAAGAUGAACGCGAAUAAUUUCUUCCGGAACAGAAAAUGGUUGCAUCUUGAGUUUCCAGAAUUGAAAGCAGCCGCCGAGCCCGACGCAGGACCGCUGACCAUCGCUGAGAUUGGAUGUGGCGCCGGUAACGCGGUAUAUCCCUUGUUGUCUGCAAACCAGAACCCAUUGCUGGAUCUGCAUGCCUACGACUACUCGAACCAUGCAGUAAAAUUGGUCCAGAACAAUCCCUUGUACUCUGCGCCUCCCAUAGGGAAAAUUCAAGCGGCCGUCUGGGAUCUAACCUCGCCUACACUCCCACCGGAUCUGGAACCUGGAAGCGUCGACAUAAUCGUGCUCAUUUUUGUCCUGAGCGCUUUGCAUCCCAACGAAUGGCACAACGCAGUCUCCAACAUGCAUAAGUUGCUCAAACGAGGAGGGAGAGUCCUCAUCCGAGAUUACGGUCGGUAUGACCUUACCCAACUCAGGUUCAAGGGUGGUCGUCUCCUGGACGAGAACUUCUACAUCCGAGGGGACAAGACACGCGUGUACUUCUUCGAGCUAGACGAGCUCGCCCUGUUAUUCACCGGCGCUCCCGCACCAGCCGCUUCGAAGGUCCACAAAGCUAUACAGAUCAUGGAGGAGACAGAAGCAACCGAUGACUCUGAACCUCGGCGGUCGCCGACGCCGUAUUCGCCUUCUGAGCUAUACAAUGAAAUUCAACCAGGUUCAGUUACCCCUGUUCUCACCGAAGUAGCGAGCUCGCUAUCAUCGCUCUCGGUGGAGGAGACUCAGCGGUCGGUGCCGAAGACGGGUGCGAUCCACCCUGUCUUGACCCAAUCGCACACAGGAGAGAGCCGUCACCCACUCUUCGCCAUCCAGCAGCUUGGAGUCGAUCGUCGGCUUAUAGUCAACCGGAAGCGACAGCUGAAGAUGUACAGAGUGUGGAUGCAGGGAAACUUCAGGAAGAUAUAGCGGGGACCUGAAUGCGGCUUUCAGGAAGAGUAGCGAAGGACAUACUCAGAGAUGUAGAUCCCAUUCAACAUUGUCUAGUAUAGUACGCCUGCACAUAGACCAU